CCGCCUCAAGCCGCUGGAAGUCUCGCGAUGGAGGGAGGAGGCGGUGCACCCCCGGAAGUCCUCGAAGAAAGUCACUCAGGAUGUGUUCUACCUACAAGUCUCGGGACCAACAGUUUGAAGAAAAGCAGUUGGGGGUUCCUAUUUACUGGGAUUAUUGGCGGGACGCUGGUGGCCGUGUAUGCCGUGGCCACACCGUUUCUAAUGCCAGCCCUCCGAAAAAUUUGUCUGCCUUUUGUACCUGCAACUACAAAGCAGAUUGAAAAUGUUGUGAAAAUGUUGCAUUGCAGAAGAGGAUCCCUGGUCGAUAUUGGCAGUGGUGACGGGCGUAUUGUGAUAGCAGCUGCAAAAGCAGGAUUCACAGCCGUUGGUUAUGAAUUAAACCCCUGGCUAGUUUGGUACUCCAGAUACCGUGCUUGGCAAGAGGGGGUGCACGGCUCUGCCAAAUUUUAUAUUUCAGAUUUGUGGAAGGUUACUUUUUCGCAGUACUCAAACGUCAUUAUUUUCGGUGUGCCUCAGAUGAUGCCGCAGUUGGAGGAGAAACUCACGCUCGAACUGAAGGAUGACGCCAGAGUCAUUGGCCUGUCGGUUCCCUUUCCCGGGCGCUGGACCCCAGACCACAUCACUGGGGAGGGGGUGGACACCGUGUGGGCCUACGACGUGAGCACUGUGAGAGGCAAGGGGCCCCGAAGACCCGUGCGCUUCCAGCCCGUCAUUCAAAUGUAGACUUUAGUGAGCGCGGUUUCCAGGUGUUUUCAUUAUUAUAUCCCAACGGGUCCCCGGGAGAGGAUUCGAUUUUACAGAGACUUCGAUUUUACAGAGACUUCCAGCUGUGUCUUCAGCAAAGAGUAUGUUUUUCUUCGGUAUGGAAUGAAAAAGGUACUAUUACUUUCCUUAACUUCUGGGAAACGAACAGAAGUCCAAGAACAGCAGGUAGAUUUAAAGUCCCUUUUCAGGCUGUAUUCGAGAAGGUGGUCUUACUGUCCUUCCGUGCGCUCAGAUGUGUGAAAAUAUGAAUGAGUGAUAGUCAUUUUGAUGUGCAGGAAGAUGUGGACAGCUCCUGACAUUAUAAAAAAAUAUGAUUUAAUGCCAGAGAUGAAAAAAGAAAACAACACUUUUUAAAGAGGGUAUGUCUUAACAAAAUUUGUAGUUUCCUCUAACUUCAUUUAUACUUAAGAUUUAUGGAUUUUGUCUUUCUUUUCUGUACUUCAUGGAAAAACUAAUUUUCUGAAGCAUGUGGGCCCUCAUAUUUUAUAACAUUUGUUAGGAAUCAUUUGUUCCAAGGCUAGUGGAUUCACUGUAUUUUAUUGAAUCUGAGAUAUGUAUGUGUGUGUGUAAAUGUGUGUGCACAGACACAUGUUUGAACAUUCUGAAAUGGUGAUGAACCUUCCAGUCAGUGGUGUUUGUGUCUGUGAUCAGUGGUGUUUUGUGUUGUAUGUCAUGGUAUCUUUGCACAUCAGCCAGCAUUGAUGGGAUCUCAGGUUUGAGGAAAUGUGCUCAGAGAAGCUGCAGGAUAGAGUGGAGUAGUUGGUAGUAACCUAAUACUAAAUGAGCGGUCUUGUGCUUGGGGUUCAGCCGUCGCUGACAGCAGAUCCCUGCUUGGCCCCCAGCAGGAGGCCCGGCGCAGUGGCUUGCCCCCUCGUGGAGCCUUGCCUUUCCCAGCUGUCCCGAGGACCCGUUGGGAUAAUGAUACACUGAAACAGGGGACGUUUCUGGGUAAACUCACGACACAGAGUCUUCAGUCUCUAAGUGGUAUUUAUUAUUUAGAUACUAAAGAAAGGUACGGAUUGUUUCUGCUAGUCGCUUCUUGACUUUAUGAAAGCCGCCAUUUAUGUAAUAUUUCUCAUGUAUGAGAGGAGACUUGACUGAUUUAGAUAAAGACAGGUUAAGGAAAACCUUUGAAUGUGAGUAGACAAGCUUCACGUAUCUGAAAAUUAGUAUUAAAUGGUGCCUCGAAUAAUCCCUAUGCAUCAUAGGAAAGAAUCGAGCUCCCAAACAUACACACCUGUAACCUAAAUACCAAACAGGUUUGAUAAGAUGAGAUGGUUUGCAUUUUUAACUGAAAUCCUAAAACUAUGAUCAGCUUGAUAAUUGUCAUUUAAAUGAGCAGCAACCUGGAGACUCAUUCAUUCAUUCAGCAGAUCUUACCGAGUAUCUACUGGUGUAACAAGCUUUUCAACUCAAUGGUGAAUAGACCUACAAGGCCUCUAAUCUUAUGGCAUGUAUCUUCUGGAAGAACGAGACAGACAAAUACGAGAGUGAAUGUUAGUGGCGUGGUGUUCUCUGAUAGAAGUCCAACAGUGUGGACAGUCUUGGCAUUUGUCAGGCUUUUGGCCUGCUACUGUCCAUCCCCUUCCCAAUGGCCCCCAGUUUCUGAGGAACGAAUUCUCUCCGACGGUGGUGUAGUUUGCUGUGUGCUCCUCCCUGUCACUCCCGCCAGCCCUGUGGACUUGGUUGGGCACGCUCGGAGAGGGACCCAUCAUAGCUCCCUGCUGGCAGGUGUGACGGUAGAGACAGGGUUUUGUAUUCAGUAAGGAUGUAUUCAGUAAGUUUCUAGACGCUCCUGGCGGGAUUUUCUGAGGCAUCAGGCUAUCUGGAAAGGCAUAUGUAGCUUGCCGUUUUUGGAGUUCUCCUUCCCAAGGCUUCCCAAGAAUUAGAUGAUGCCUGGUCCUGCAACCUCAGAAUAAAAUAGACCUUUUCACAGAAGUGUGGAGAUUCAUGGAGUUUGUAAGAUCUUUAAUUGAUUUUUUCAGCUGGCCUUCAAGUAGCCCGUAAGUGACCUGUAAGAAUGUUAUUGUAGAGGUUAUCGUGGCUUCUCUGGCUGGCUGGUUCAAUGAUCAGUUGCUGGAUUGAGGAUAUUGAUUAAGUUUUGCACACGACACAAGGCAAGGAGUGAAAGCUACCAUUUCUGAUGUCAAAAGUAGGACUCAGAAGUGCCUGACAGAUUGAUAUCAGGGAUAAGUGCUAACUUGAUAAAUUUAAAGUUCAAACAAACAAGAAUAGAAAUAGAGCUUAGUGGUGACAUAGCCGAACAGGAGCUGUUGUGACCAGACCUGGAGGUUCCGUCGACAUUCGGCUCAAUGACCAGCACAUUCCUGUCUGUACGUCAUCUUUCUCUAAGAGCUUGGCCCCAGGGUUUGCAACCCCUGCCCUCCCCCGGGUGUCCCAGGGGGGCUUUGUCGGACCCUCCGCUGAUCCUGGCAUUCAGACUCUGAAAUGCUUAGCUCCACCAAGAGGCUUGUGAAACCCAAGUUUAAAAAAGAUUAAGAACAGGGCGCCUGGGUGGCUCAGUUAGUUAAGCGACUGCCUUUGGCUCAGGUCAUGAUCCUGGAGUCCCGGGAUCGAGUCCCAUAUC